CCAUUGAGUGCAGCAAAAAGCCGGCUCUCAUUCGGCCAUCGUCUGUUCUCGGGGGUGGAUCGCGCGACACAACCUCAAAGUAAGCCGCGUGUUCGAAAUCGCGAUAAGCAUUCAGUUUACGAUAUCCAUAAAAAUACGUGUUGUUUGGAUCCACACAGAUAUUGACAUCUUUCAAGAUCCAUUUAUAUUGAUAUAAUAAUUCAAUCAGUUCCAGAAAAAUUCCAAUUACUAAAAUAAGUACAAGAGAAUUUUCAAAUAAUUGUGAAACAUUAUCCAAUUUAUCCAGUAACUCAUUGAACAAAAUUGGAAGGAACAUCAAAUUCAAAUGAAACCAAGUGAUUUCAAGACACUACAGUAAGUGAUUGAGUGUGAGUGAGUGAACUGAGAAACUGAACAAUACUAAAUUCCGAACAAUUGUUCUUGAUUUGGAGUGGAUACAGUUUGGAAAUGGAAGAGGAGACCAAAAUAAACGAUGAUAAUCAACAGAAGAGGAUUCGGAAGAUUUCAAAUGCACGAUUCAAGCCGGAAGUAGAGGAUUCGAGAAUGGGACUGAAUCACCGGAAAGAGUCGAACGCAGGUCUCUGCAGCGAGGAUAUCACUCCUUCAGAAGAGAAACUUCUUGACUACGAUUUCUACCCGUUUGCAGUUGUUCUGCGACUACGAGUUUUACAGAUUGUAUGCGGCGUUUCAGUUUUGGUAAUGGGAACCGUGGCGUUCAUUCAGGAGCGAGGCAGCUUGAAUCUUGGUCUGGGAAUGCCAGCCGGAAUUAUCACAGUCACUGCCGCAGCUGUGAGCAUCCACACGAGCCGCGGCUUCAGCGGCUACUCGCAGCCGAACUGCGUGCCGCAACUGCGCUUCCUGGGCCCCACUGUGCGCGUGGCCAUUCCACUCACCUGCCUCUGGAUGUGCUCCAUCACCCUGCACACCGUUCUCUCCAUCCUGGCAGUGGUGUCGCUUGUCACGUCGCCCGACACCACCGUGCUCGCUGCCAUCCUGCUCUUCCUCUCCUUCCUGUGUCUGCUGGCCGUCGUUCUGAUUGUGCGGAUCGACUGCACCUACGACCCCGACUGACCGGGACUCGCCUCGGAACUGCCGCCGCCCGCCGUCAGUGUCAUCGGCAUCACUGCCGGCAUAUCCACCGACAGGCCUAGUCGGGUUGCGUGGGUCGUUUAAAUGUUCUAAUUUCUCAUACCAAAAACAAGGUGUCAAAGGAAUUUGUAUGUAGCCUAUAAAUUUAAUUAAGAAUGUUUUGGAUCCAGUCAUGAAAUGGGUAAUUUGAUGAAAUUUUAUUUAUAUGUAUUCUGAAUAAUAUUUAUUUUAUCAACUUGAGUAUAGGAGCAAAACCAGACAAACCACUUUCAUUUAUAUUGGUGUGUGAAUAGAAUUUCUAGAACAAAUGAAAAAAUCUGGUGUGGCGCACUCACACAACUUUCCUUGCCGUUAUGAAAAUUGAUCACCUGACGCUAGUGUUCUCGCGCAUCCCAAGUCUACUAU